AUGCUUGCGAUGCACCUUGUGGCCUUUUAUUUUACAAAACUGAAAGAAGAUCAGAUCAAAAAGGUUGACCGGUACCUGUAUCAGAUGCGCCUUUCUGAUGAUAUUUUACACGAUGUGAUGACUCGCUUCCAAGCAGAGAUGGCAAAAGGUCUAGGAAGAGAUACCAAUCCGACAGCUACAGUAAAAAUGCUACCAACUUUUGUGAGGUCACUUCCUGAUGGUUCAGAAAAAGGAGAGUUCCUCGCUUUGGACCUGGGUGGUUCCAAAUUUAAAGUCCUACAUGUUAAAGUAGCUGAAGAAGGAAAACAACAUGUACAAAUGGAGAGUCAGUUCUACCCAACACCUAAAGAAAUCAUACAGGGAAGUGGAACAGAUCUAUUUCAAUACGUGGCCGACUGUCUUGCAGACUUUAUGGAAACAAAGGAUAUAAAAUAUAAGAAAUUACCUCUUGGUUUUACCUUUUCUUUUCCCUGUAGGCAGAAUAAAUUAGAGGAGGGGGUUCUUCUUUCAUGGACAAAACAUUUUAAAGCCCGAGGAGUACAACAGACUGAUGUGGUGAGCAAUCUCUGCAAAGCCCUCAGGAAACACAAGGACAUUGAUAUAGAAGUUUUGGCAUUGGUCAAUGACACAGUGGGAACAAUGAUGACCUGUGGAUAUGAUGACCAGCGAUGUGAAGUUGGUGUCAUUAUUGGAACAGGCACCAACGCUUGCUAUAUGGAAGAGAUGAGCAAUAUUGAUCUAGUAGAAGGGGAUGAAGGCCAGAUGUGCAUUAACACUGAAUGGGGAGCCUUUGGAGAUGAUGCAUCUCUGGAAGACAUCAGGACAGAGUUUGACAAGGAGAUUGACUCUGGGUCAAUAAAUCCUGGAAAACAGUUGUUUGAGAAGAUGAUUAGUGGAUUAUAUCUGGGAGAACUGGUCAGGCUUAUCCUUUUAAAAAUGGCAAGAAAAAACUUGCUUUUCAGUGGGAAGUUAUCCACAGCACUCUGUACUAAGGGCAAGAUUGAGACAAGACACAUGGCCGCUAUGGAAAAGAAUAAAGAAGGCCUGAGCAACACGAAAGAAAUUCUGAGGGAACUGGGCCUGGAUCCCUCCGAAGAGGAUUGCAUUGCUGUCCAGCACGUUUGCACAAUUGUUUCAUUUCGCUCAGCCAACCUCUGCGCCAUGGCCUUAGCAGCAAUCCUGACACGGCUUCGUGAAAAUAAGAAACUGGCGAGGCUCCGAACCACGGUUGGAAUUGAUGGGACCCUGUACAAGACCCAUCCACAGUAUGCCAAGCGUCUCCAUAAGGUAGUCCGACAGUUGGUGCCCAACUGUGAUGUCCGAUUUCUGCUUUCGGAGAGCGGAAGUGGGAAGGGGGCUGCCAUGGUGACAGCUGUGGCCUAUAGGCUGCUGUCUCAGCGGAAGCAGAUUGACGAGGUCUUGGCCCUUUUCAAAUUAACCCAAGAGAAUCUCCUCGAGGUAAGAAACAAAAUGAGGAGAGAACUGGAGUACGGCCUGAAGAAAGAAACCCACCCGACAGCCACUGUGAAAAUGUUGCCAACGUUUGUUUGUGGCACACCGGAUGGCACAGAAAAGGGGAAAUACUUAGCUCUUGAUCUUGGAGGAACAAAUUUCAGAGUUUUGCUUGUCAAAAUCAGAAGCGGAAGAAACAAAUCGGUUCGGAUAUACAAUAAAAUAUUUGCAAUUCCUUUGGAAAUUAUGCAAGGAACAGGAGAGGAGUUAUUUGAUCACAUUGUCCAAUGCAUUGCGGAGUUUUUGGAAUACAUGGGACUAAAAGGUGCCCGGCUCCCCCUUGGUUUUACUUUUUCUUUCCCCUGCAGGCAAACAAGUAUUGAUAAGGGCGCUCUUGUUGGAUGGACAAAAGGUUUCAAGGCAACCAAUUGCGAAGGGGAGGAUGUUGUUGACUUGCUAAGGGAAGCGAUAAAACGGAGAAAUGAGUUUGAUUUGGAUAUCGUAGCGGUGGUAAAUGACACUGUUGGGACAAUGAUGACGUGCGGUUAUGAAGACCCCCAUUGUGAAAUUGGCCUCAUUGCAGGAACAGGCAGUAAUGUGUGCUAUAUAGAAGAAAUGAAGCACAUAGAAAUUAUAGAAGGAGAUGCAGGCAGAAUGUGCAUCAACACAGAGUGGGGAGGAUUUGGUGACAAUGGCUGCAUUGAUAAUUUCAGGACAAAAUACGAUAAAGAGGUGGACUCGGGGUCUCUGAAUCCUGGGAAACAAAAAUAUGAGAAAAUGACCAGUGGAAUGUAUUUGGGUGAAAUAGUGAGACAGAUCUUGAUAGACCUGACAAAGAGAGGACUUCUAUUCAGAGGCCAGAUUUCAGAAUCUCUGAGAAGAAGAGGAAUAUGUGAAACAAAAUACUUGUCUCAGAUUGAAAGUGAUCGCCUUGCCCUGCUGCAAGUGAGAAGAAUCCUGCAACAACUCGGGCUGGAUGGGACUUGUGAUGACAGCAUCAUUGUGAAAGAAGUGUGUGGUUGUGUUUCAAAAAGAGCUGCCCAGCUCUGUGGAGCAGGAUUGGCUGCUGUUGUUGAGAAGAUACGUGACAACAGGAAAGUUGAGCGCCUCAAAACUACCAUCGGAGUGGAUGGUACUUUAUACAAGCUCCAUCCACACUUUUCUAGGAUUUUGCAAGAAACAGUGGAGGAGCUGGCACCACAAUGUGAUGUAACUUUUAUGCUGUCUGAAGACGGAAGUGGGAAAGGAGCAGCCUUAAUUACAGCGGUGGCCAAGCGGAUACACCAAGUUGCUGAAAAUUAA